UAUCUCUGCGCUCUGUCCGCCUGCAUUGGUCCAGCAAAGCAGACACACGUAGGCGCGUAUCCGACCGACCAACCCCCUCUUCCCCCGGCAGACUGAGCCGGCUAGCGGCGGGACGGCCAGGCAGCGACGACAGGCUGCUGCAGUUUUCCAACGGGACGGACAGAACAGAGGUUUCCACCGAACGAGGAGGUGUGACACUGUACUGAGUCCCCUCAUUGUGUGCAGGAGCACCAUGGCAGCUAUGGGACCCGAGGACAGGGCUGGAACAGGCGGGGCAGCAGUCUGCUCUUUGGGACUACAGGCCUGUGUCUCUACAACGACGCACAGCAGCAAAGGGCCUGACAUGCAGCCCUCUCUGGUGUCUACACAGAGCUGUGUCCAGGUUCAAAAAGCAUUUGUGGAGAGUGGGCAUCACAAGAACAAGACAUCAGUUCACCUGCCACAGAGGCAGGCUGAGAGAGGCUGGAGCAACCCAACUGCUCCCUUGCAAACUAUGGGACCCACAAUGCACUUCAGCAACGUUUCAGCUACCAGAGAGGCGCCAUACAGUUUCCGCAGUCCAGAGUCAGUGGAGAUGGAUGAGAUCAUGGCAGCCAUGGUUCUGACCAGUUUGUCCUGCAGCCCUGUGGUCCAGAGCCCUCCACAAACGGAUCCUGCGCCAGCCGGGUCAUCAUCGCCAGCUGACAUGGAGUGUGGUGGCGGCGAGCUCUCCGACAGCGGCAGCAGCGGCUACUGGAGCUGGGACCACGGCAAUGUGAGUCCCGCCCCAUCGCCGUCCGUCACUGAGAUGGACAGCAGUCCUGAUGAAGGCCUACAUAUGGAACAGGGGGAGGAGCUUCAUGCCAAAAAGCCAAAGAGCUCUUUCAGAGGUGUGUAUAAAUGUCUGUGGCCCAGUUGCGGCAAGGUGCUCACGUCUUCGGUCGGAAUAAAACGACAUAUCCGUGUGCUGCAUCUGGGCAGUGGGUCAGAUCAGUCCCAGAGAGAAGAGGACUUCUACUACACCAGGAUCUCCUGUGAGACCGUGGACGCCAGCUCCACUCCAGCUCCUCCCCAGCAGGUUCUGGGACAGGUCUCUCAUCUCAGCUGGGCCUCCUGCGGUUCUCCUCCGGCCUCGGGGCUCCAGAUCCCCCCAGCCCACAGGCCCAGGUCCAACUCCAGCUCCGGGCCUGGCCCGAGCAGGCCCAGUCCGCUCAGCCAGUCGGCCCCUAGCAGCUUCUGGCAGAUCCACUCGGAGCAUCUCUAUCAGGCUUGUAGCCCCGUCCAGGUAUCUGUGGCUUCCAGAAGCCCCGGCUGUCAGGGUUGGACCCCCUCCGCCUCCGUCUCCGGCCACAGUAGCACUCCGAUGAUAAAACCCCGCUGCCGGUCUGUCAGUGUCGGGGAACAGUGGCUCCAACAGAAUAGGCUGCAGCCUAUAAGUGCGUCACCAUCCCGCACUCACUGCUCCUUCAGGAAGGGUCGCGGGGAGGCCAAAAAGUGCCGCAAGGUGUACGGAGUGGAGCGCAAGGAUCAGUGGUGCACCGCCUGCCGCUGGAAAAAAGCCUGCCAGCGUUUCCCAGACUAAAAACAGCUGUGUGAUGGAGAGAGAGAGAGAGAGAGCGAGAGAGAGAGAGAGAGAGACAAAGAAGUGGAUGAAUGAAUGAGUGACAUAAGAGGCUUUUAUCAAAAAGAGGAUAUAAAUCAGGGCCUGAGAGCCAUCAAGAAAAACAACUUUUACUACAUGUGUUUUUUACUUUCAACCUGUUUUCUUUCUUUCCUAAAUGAAGCCAAAUGAGGUUUUCUCUAUCUUUGUAACUUGAUCCUGAAAAAUGAAGUCUGCAAUGGUGCUAACUGUUGACUGACUUUGACCAUGUGAUGUGCUAAAGCCUACAAUACUCUCCUACUUUAUCCAAAGGUCACAUUACUGCCCGUGUAGUUCCACUGUAUUAGACUGGUACUUGGUUCUUUUCUUUACUCCAACCCUCUCUUCCAGUGGUCACACAGUGGUUAUGAUGUACAUUAUACUGUGUGCUUUGAGUUACGUACGAGUAUUUUAUACCUUUUUUUUAUUGUCUUGUUCAGCCUGUGAAUUGGGCAAUUUGUUUUUUGGAUUUUUCAUGUUUUUGGCACUUUGUUGGAAUAUAAACUCACAGGAAUAAGCUACAUUUGGUUUGACUCAACCAAGUUCCUUCCAUGGAUUUCCUUCCUGCCCAUGUGUUGGCAUACAACCAGUGUUAAUGGUUUUAUCUGUAAUGCUAUGGAGGCGUGGCAGUGGGACUAACAUUAGGGGAAUGAGUUUGUGAUAGCAAUAAAAAAAAAGAGGAAAUAUAUUGUCAAACACAAAUUAAAACGCACUGAGAAUUG